AUGGAGGUCGAUGCUCGUUGUUUGUCAAGGGAAGAAGCAAAUCCAUGUAUCAGCUACUGCCGCAAGCAAUCCUUCAAUCAAACGGAUCAAUGGUACGCUUGUGCCCUAUUGAACUACGAGAUUCCCGGCAAUGAGAUGACGUUUCCCGAGGUCGAACACGCGCUCAAAUUGGUUACUAAGUUCACCAACGUUCAGAUGUGGAUAGCGCCGUUGCUUCUGGGUUUUAUGGUUGGCGCAGUGAUCGGCGUGUCGCUCGUCUUUCUUCACUGUUUUUGCACAAAGAAAUUGGUGCGCGAUCGUUUUUCUCGCUUCAAAUUGCUCCCAAAGGAUGAGUCCCGCCAACAACAGAAGCAAAAUCAACAAUCACAAUUUGACAAGAGGGAAUCAGCUGAAAUCGUUCGCUUUUCGGGCAUUCAAUCGAUUGGCAAAGGA